UUUUUCUUCCAACAUUUCCCCUCAAAUCUUCAUUUUAUCAAAUGUCCACUCUUGUGACAGAUGGCGCGAUUUUCUUGCACCUUUUACUUCAACAUUCUCCUACCUCUCAUAAAACGGUGGUAAAAGACCUGGCUAAUCCAAUAAAACGAUUUAUAUUUUUAUUUAUUUUCUUCAUUUCCUCUUCCAUGGUAUCCCUUCCUAAAUUUUCUUCCCUUCCAUUAUUCUACGAAUUUUACAUUUUAAUUUCAUCAAAAUUUAAAAAAAGACAAAAGGAUUGA